AUGAACCGCCCCAUCCAGGUGAAGCCAGCCGACAGCGAGGGUCGAGGAGAAGACAGGAAGCUCUUUGUGGGCAUGCUGGGGAAGCAGCAGAGCGAGGACGACGUCCGGCGCCUCUUCGAGCCCUUCGGCCAGAUUGAGGAGUGCACUAUCCUCCGAGGGCCGGACGGAGCCAGCAAAGGCGCUGCGAGCCGGCGGAGGGACACGAUCCAGGGGCAUCGCCGGGAUCCUGCUGUCAGCCCCACAUUCCCCCCGUCCCAGGGCGCCUCCUCCAGCCUGGUGGUGAAGUUUGCGGACACGGACAAGGAGAGGACCCUGAGACGGAUGCAUCAGAUGGCCGGGCAGCUGGGCAUCUUCAACCCCAUGACCAUCCAGUUCGGUGCCUACGGGGCCUACACGCAAGCGAUCAUGCAGCAGCAGGCAGCCCUGAUGGCGUUUGUCUUCCCAGCUCAAAGCCCCACAGUGGCAGAUCCCCUCCAGCAAGCCUACGCAGGCAUGCAGCACUAUGCAGCAGCGUAUCCCACUGCUUACGCACCCAUCAGCCAGGCCUUCCCCCAGCAGGCGCCCAUCAUCCCGCAGCAGCAGCGAGAAGGUCCCGAGGGCUGUAACCUGUUCAUUUAUCACCUGCCCCAGGAGUUCGGGGACGCGGAGCUCACGCAGAUGUUUUUGCCUUUCGGCAAUGUCAUCUCUGCCAAAGUCUUUGUAGACCGUGCCACCAACCAGAGUAAAUGCUUUGGUUUCGUCAGUUUUGACAAUCCGACGAGUGCUCAGGCAGCCAUUCAGGCCAUGAAUGGCUUCCAGAUCGGCAUGAAGAGGCUAAAAGUCCAGCUAAAGCGGCCGAAAGAUGCCAACAGACCCUACUGACCCCUGCUCGCCCUGGCCCUGCGGAGAGGUUGGGUGUCCCGGGGUGUCUGAUGACUUUCCCCUUCCCCAAGUGCAGUAUCCAAACCCGUAACUCUCUUUCUUUGCAACACACCCCGGAGGAGGCAGAGGAGGAGGCGAUGGAGA